AUGGUAUUAAUAGUGAAUUAUGUCUUAAAUGCGCGCGAAAAAGAGAUUGAUAAUUGGGACCACGUGUGGCUAUGCGAAUAUAACGAGUUCACCAUAAGAGAAGUUAUUGAGCCAGCAAUUUUCGAAUUUAAAGAAAUAUUACAAGAAAAAGGAGAUCCAAAUGAUAUAGAGAUUCUACGGGAUUGUAAUAUUCAAUUUAUUCAAUGUUUACAAGAACAUUCCCAGAGAAACGAAGAAGAUAAUUUGAUAAUUUUUAACUUAUGGUCGUAUUGUUAUGAUCAACUGAAGAUUAAAGUUUGGAUUAAAAGGUGUGAGGAAGUAACUGAAAUAGAACAAAAAAAAGGGAUUAGCAGAAUGGAUAAAAGAAAGCGUAAAUUGCAGGUAAAAGAUAGAGAAGAGGAAGGAGAUUUAGGGAAGAAAAAUAAAGAUAAUAUUAUAAAAAACACAAGUAAAAUAAAUAAAAAACUAAAAAAAGAUGAAGAAAAAUUAAUCAAUUUGGUAACGAGUGAUAAAGCAUUACAAAAUAUUAUAGAUAAUAGAACAAUUAAAAAAUCAUGA